GGGACAAGAAAUAAAAAUGAAUAAAAAUGAGAGAGCUCGUGGAAAAGAAAACAUUCGAAGGAGUUGGCGCUGAUGUUAUAGUUUGACAAUAGUGGGCAGUACAGUAGGAUUUAAGACUAGACAGGAUGUGGACGAGUUACGUGUGUUCAGAAAUUGUUUAGACACGGUUUUAACUUUUUUGAGUUAACUAUCGAUAAGGUUCAAGCAGAAAAUGACAGAGAGCUUGAUAAAUGAAUGGUUGGCAGAUUGUGGAGAAAUAUCACCUUCUAAACUUCAUACUUUUGCUACUACAUUAUCGCAAGACAAUGAAAUAGUUAGAGCACUUUAUGUACUGCUCGAAGAGCGCAGCAAAUAUAGCCAGCUUGUAGAUACAGUUUGUAAUCAACUAUUUGAUUUCUAUCGUUCUCAAGAGAUAGAACUCAGAAGAUUUACUUUGCAAUUUUUACCUACACUAAUAUUUAUUUAUCUAAAUUCUGCUGCCCAUGGUGAUAUUAAGAAUUGCCGCACAGUUGAAACUCUUCUAAUUGGGUUAUAUAAUCUUGAGGUAGUGGAUAAAUCUGGACAGCAAAAGGCAGUUUCUUUUCGAUUACCAUCUCUUGCUAUGUUAUCCAUAUAUCACGAGCCAGCAAGCUUGACACCGGCUUCCUUAACCGAAAGUGCAGUGCGCCGUUUCGAAGAAUGCAAUACAAAACUUGUUAGUUGGGGUCCUUUACGUCAAGUAGAAACUCUGAAUGCUCAAAAUAGAUUAAAAGUGAUGACUGCACUACUUUUUAUUUAUAACCAACAACUGGGUUAUAUAAAUAAGUUUGCUUUGGAGCAAUUGUGCAAAGUUGCAACAAAGCUUGUCACUCAAGGUUUCACAAAACCAGGACAUCAUCAACGAUCUUCGUAUGGCAGCGAAUCUAGCUUUGUUCCAAGACUUUUGCCUCGCAUACCUGUUUCGACUCAAUUUCUUCUUGAGUUUCUACAUGCAGUAUAUUUUGCAAUGUAUAAUGAUUGCUGGUAUGUAGCGAAUCAAGCUGUGGAGGAUAUACAUAACAGAGCAUGUUAUGAAAUGUACCCUGAUGUAAUGUUGGUUACAAAUGCCAUACGAAAUUCUGCUAAUUCUGGACCAUCCGGUCAAUCAAGUGAUGGAUCUAUUGGUAUUUGCGUUGCAUUGACCUCUGUAACUGCAACUCCAACAAUAUCGAAAUCUAUGAUUACAAAUGCCUCUUUCCGCACGAAAAAAUUACCAGAUGACAUACCGAUUCAAGUUGUAAAGGAAGAUUCCAGUGGAGAAGGCAAAGGUAAUUUGGUCUCGAUCACAGAAGAGCAAGAAUCAAUGGAACCAAAUCGUGCUGGCUCAAUGCGACAAGCAAAGGAUCAAAAAGCUUCAUCAAAAAUGACUAAUUUUCCAGUACUUGGAAAAAAACCUAAAGAAAGGGAUGGAAAAACAACAAAGAACCUUCAUAAUGCAAUAUCCGAUAAGGAAAAGAGACUCGGAUCACAAAAUACAUCAAAAGAGAAUAUCAAAGGAAGUAGUUCAAUGUUAAAUAGUGAACAAUCAGAAGUUGAUAUAAAUAUUAAUGGCUGUAUGAAUAGAAAGAAGAAUAAUAGUGUGGAAAAUAAUUCAUUUGGAACUGAAAGUGUUACUUUAAUGGAUGGAGAACGACUUGGAUUAAGUGGAGAUACUGGAGACAACAACGUUAAUAUAGAAGCUUCUAUCAACUUAAGGGCGCAUAACGAAUCAGAAUCACUGACUUCUUCAAUUCAGGUUAGCUCUGUUUAAACAAGUUAAAAACAAUUUAGAACAAAAACAGUCAACAGAGAGAGUAGUGGGCUAAAUUGGACAUUUUCAACUGUCCUUAUAUAUUGAAAUACCACUUUAUUAAUUUGUGUGUGCUACUAUAAACAAUUUCUUUAUUAGUAUUAAUACAACAAUUAAUUAAAUAUCUGUGAGAAUAUAAGUGAAAGAUUUCAAUAAAUACAGUACUACAAAUUGUAAAAUGCACAAGUUCAAAUGGAUUUCUUGUUAGAAAGAAACAGCCCACUACUAAUUGAUCUCUACAAUUAGUUUAAAAAUGGCGAAGGGAACAAUGAAUUAAUGGUUUUCUUUUUUCUUUUUUUUUUUUUUUUUUUUUUAUUAUU